AUGGUCAUCUCAAAGUCAGAUAUCAGUAAACCUUACCAAAACUCUUCAACUCCUUUCAAUGGCUGGGCGAAAGUGCACGACGAAUCGCUUCAAGAUGAAAGAUGCCAACUUUCGGCGAAGAACUGGCAACGACUUUCACUAGUCGAAACGGACCCGGGUAUGAUGGAAGAUCUCUUUGAGGCGUCUGACUCCGAGUCCUUUUCUGACGACGAUCCGCCAUCUUAUUAUUCAUCAUCAACCUCAAGCUAUCCUCCACAGAAAGAAGAAGAGGAAGUUUGGAAUCGAUACUUUCACGCGGAGCCAGAUUACCUACCGCCUCCUCCUCCACCACCUCCAGUCUCUCAUCCCGUCUAUUCACUAUUCCCGACGACAACACCACGACCAGCUCAAGAGUACAAACAACAUGUAACUCACAAAUCUUGGCCUGGCCAGCCUUGGCCUGAACGGCUCGAUUCGCGUCCUAAUCCUUCUAAUGGCCGCGCUCGCGCGCAAACUACUCCUUCUCAACCAAAUACACCAUCCAAUCUCAGUUCCUGCACAAACGUCAAUCAUCCACUCCCUGGAUCAUAUGUUCCCGCCAGCUAUCGUCACACACAUCCUCCUUCACCCCACUGCAACUCCUUUACGCCUCUCGUCUUGAAAUCAGAAUUCGAAACUGAUUCCGAUGACGAAGAUGAGAACUCCCCAAGCAAGAUGACGAAAGCUAUCGAAGAGAUGUUUGAAAAGUUUCGCUCUAACGGAGGAAGCUCGAAUAAGAAUGGGGGCGAAGAAAAGCGAAGAAGAUCAGGUGGAUUUAGAAGAAGUGCAAGUGAGGCUUGUGAGGCCGUGAAGGGUAUCUUCAGCAAGAAGUCCCACAUACCUUCCGAACGACGUCUUUCAUGA